GAGCAGCAGCUGGAGAGUGGCUACUCUGAGAUCCCUCUGCGAGAACUUCACUGAGCUUUUGACCUUGUGAGAAAAGACCUUGUGAGCCAGAGAGGGUAGAGGAAUCACAUCCCAAUAUGAAGACCAUCAUCCUUUUUAUGUUCCUCUGGGGACUGUCCUGUGCUCUCCCAGUCUUCAGAUACCAAAAUACUGAAUCUGAAAGCUCUGAAGAGAGGAUGGGCAGUUUGGCUCGGUCACCAUCACCACCCACGAACAGUGAGUCAUCAGAAGAGAGUAAAGUUAGCCCAGAGGGACAGGCAAAUAGUGACCACACGGACAGCAGUGAGUCUGGAGAGGACCUGAGCUCCAACAGAGGCCAGUAUAGACCAGCUGAUGGUCUCUCGAAGAGUACCGGGACGGUUGCUGAUAAGGAGGAUGAUGAAGACGACAGUGGAGAUGACACUUUUGGCGAUGAGGACAAUGGCCCAGGGCCCAAAGAAGGACAGUGGGGAGGACCCUCCAGACUGGACAGUGACGAGGACUCCGCUGACACCACACAGUCCACUGAAGACAGCACCUCUCAAGAAAACAGUGCUCAAGAUACCCUCAGUGACAGCGAGGAUGAGGGAGACAGCCGGCCUGAGGCAGGCGACUCCACUCAGGACAGUGAGAGUGAGGAACAUCGGGUGGGAGGUGGCAGCGAGGGCGAGAGUAGCCACGGGGAUGGCUCUGAGUUCGAUGUUGAAGGGAUGCAGAGCGAUGACCCUGAGAGCACCAGGAGCGAUCGAGGCCACACCAGAAUGAGCAGCGCUCGUAUCAGGUCAGAAGAAUCUAAAGGGGACCACGAGCCCUCGAGCACUCAGGAUUCAGAUGACAGCCAGUCUGUGGAAUUUUCAAGCAGGGAGUCCUUUAGAAGGUCCCGAAUCUCUGAGGAAGAUGACAGAGGUGAGCUUGCUGACAGCAACAGCAGGGAAACCCAGAAGGACUCUACAGAGGAUACCACCUCCAAGGAGGAAAGCAGGAGCGAGUCUCAGGAGGACACAGCCGAGAGUCAGUCCCAGGAAGAUAGCCCAGAGGGACAACACCCCAGCAGUGAGUCCAGCGAAGAGUCUGGUGGGCCAUCCCAGGAAAGCAGCAGCGAGUCUCAGGAAGGGAUGGCCAGUGAGUCCAGGGGUGACAACCCAGAUAACACAAGUCAGGCAGGAGACCAAAAAGAUAGUGAGUCUAGUGAGGAGGACAGCCUGAACACAUUCUCCAGCUCAGAAAGUCAGUCCACCGAGGAGCAAGCUGACAGCGAGUCCAAUGAGGGCCUCAGCCUCUCAGAGGAGAGUCAGGAGUCGGCCCAGGAUGGGGACAGCUCCAACCAGGAAGAUCUCCAGUCUCAGAGCGUGUCAACCGAGAGCAGGAGUCAGGAGAGCCAGUCUGAGCAGGACAGCCGUUCUAAGGAGGAUGAUGACAGUGACUCUCAGGACAGUAGCCUAUCCAAAGAAGAGAGCAACUCUACAGGGAGCACUUCCAGCAGCGAGGAGGACCUCCACCCCAAAAACAUGGAAGCUGACAGUAGGAAACUAAUAGUUGAUGCUUACCACAACAAGCCUAUCGGGGACCAAGAUGACAAUGAUUGUCAGGAUGGCUACUAACAUUAGCUUGUCUAAGAAAUGGCUCUCACACGACGGAGUCUCGGUGGCCCCAGAGUAGAGUGUUCACUAGAACUAUAAUUUAUUGUUUUGGUCAGAAGGAAAACCAGGGGCGGGUUUUUUUGUUUUGUUUUGCUUGCUUGAUUGUUUUUCUUGAUUUUGUUUUUUCCCCCUGUGAGGAAUUUUUGGACAUAACACUCUUUUCCAGAGUGUCUCCCACUCUUUAAGUAUGCGGGAUGAUGUCAGAGCACACACGGUGAGGGUAGAACACAGGAAUCAUGAGCACAGCAGCUUCACAGAGGCUCUGGUUCACCAACCUCACAGUUACUGAGGUUCUGUUACUUAUCAGGCAGGGGAGGGGGCGGUGAUGCUUUCAGGCUCAGUCUUGCUCCUGAGGAGCUUGUUCGAGGAGACACUCAAAAGUAACACAUUAAAGGAUACAAAGAAGGAGCCCCGGUAGCAUAGCGGUGAGUUUGGACUACAUUGCUUUGGCUCCUGAAGGAUAAGAAAUUACCACAAGAAGCCUCUGCCGAGGCUGUGGUGUGUAUGACAAGGAAUGGGAGCAGGGUAGGGAGUGACCAGCUUUGCUUUGGAGAAUCAGAGGUUCCACAGUAGCAAAGUCUGGAGUUGUAGUGUUACAUAGGAUUUCUCUAUUGAAGAAAAUAUAAUUCUAUUUAUUCUUGAGAUAAACACUAUUAAAUCUUAUGUGACUAAAUAUUUAGUAUGUAAAGGCAUUCUCAAAUGAUGGCACAAUCUUGGAUAACAUUUUUUCCCCAAUUAAUUUACCCUAUUGAGUGCUUUUGUGGGCCUUCUGUAAACAUGGCCUCGAUGAUGAUGAUGAUGAAGAGGAAAAUUUGGUGGGGAGAUGGGAGAAAAAAUAAUUAAAAAAAGAUGUAUAGCUUUAUUUUUCCAGAUUAUUUAUGUACAGUGCAAACACUAUCCCUGAGUCCUUUCCAUGUGUUGCACAUAGCAAAAUUCUGCACAUAGGGCUCAACUGUUUUGUUGUUUCUUUAUCUUUCCUUUGUUGUUGUUGUUUUUUGGUCAAAUGCCAUUGAAGUGUUACCUCAUGAAAAAUAUUUGUUUUGUAAUAAAGAUAAUAAUUCCC